CGACUGCACCACCCAGGCGCCCCAAUGCACCCUAAAUUCUAUCAUGCUUCCUGCACAAGACUGAAGUGUGGGAUCCGUGCCGAUGAUGUGAAAAGUACAGAAACUGUCCUGGAAACUGGGUUCUUCCCUAGAAUUGUUGGUUGGAGAAAUUCACCAGUCGGUGGACAUCCGUGGCAGGUCUCCCUAAAAUUAGGUGAUCACCACUUCUGUCGAGGAAGCUUGAUCCAAGAGGAUCUGGUUGUUACAGCGCACUGCCUGGCUGGCCUCCGUGAUUAUCAGACUGUCUCCACAGCAUCAGAACAUUCAGACAUCCUACAAGUGGUAGAACUUCCCAUCGUGGAUAACAGAAUGUGUAACAGUGUGCUCAAGGGUAUCGACUUUCCUCUCCUGGAAAGGACCGUGAUGUGUGCCAGUUUUCCUGAUGGAGAAGAGAAUGCCUGCCAGGGAGACUCUGGAGUUCCGUGUGUUUGUAGAAGAGACAGUGGAAUCUGGGGCCUUGCUGGGAUAACUUCCUGGAGAGCUGGUUGGACUAGAGAUUACACUUCUGUAAGAAAAAACCAUAAAAGGGCAUCACUGGGCAUUUUCUCCAAGGUGUUUGAGUUGAUGGAUUUUAUCACUCAGAAUAUAUGCACAGCUUGUAGAUCUCAGGGAACCGUGUUAUUUGGAGAAAAUGGGAAGAUUUGUUACCCCCAUUCCAAAGAGGGCAGCUGUUCUCGUAAUUGCUUGUGUAUGUGGAGAAUAAUGGUACCAGAAGAUAAAAUUGUCCUGAUAAAAUUUACAAGCUUAAACAUACAAAAUCAAGUUGGAUGUGACCAUGACUGUCUAUCUUUACAAUCAAGCAGUGGAGUGCUUAUUAGUAAGGUCUGUGGAGGUCUGUUGCCUUCACCACUGCUGACAGAGACCAAUGAGGCCACAGUCACACUUGUUUCUAGGACAGGAAACAGUGGCAGCAGCUUUGAGCUGACCUUCACUGCGAUACGGAAGAGCUCAGGAGCAGGUUCAGGCUGUGGGAGUGUGGCUGCACUGGUGGAACAAGGGACAAUUCACUCUGCCAAUUAUUCUGACUUGUAUCCCACGGAUGUGAGGUGUCGUUGCUUCUUUCAUGCUCCAGAGAAACACAUUAUAAAGUUUGUACAGUUGGAAUUUGAGGACUUUAUCACUGAAUGUAGCCGAAACUGUGUUUAUGAUGCUGUUACGAUUUAUGGUGGUCCUGAAGAGGAGCACGAGUUAGCUAAACUUUGUGGAAUCUUGAACCCUACUCCAAUAUUCAGCCCUAAUAACAUGCUGGUGAUUCAUUUUAAAAGUGACGGUGAAAAUAGCUUCCAGGGUUUCAAGGCUAGAUUCACCUUUUUGCUCUCAGACUCUUUAAACCGGGUUGGAUCAAUAUCAUCCCCCAAAAUCAAUCCUGUAUCUUCUGCAAAAGCUAUUCCAUAUGGCAUCUAUGGCAUCCCUCCAUUUAGUCUCCAGAGGCGUUCUGGAAGAAUUGUAGGGAGGGAAGAAGCCUGUCCCCACUGCUGGCCAUGGCAGGUGGGUGUGAAGUUUCUAGGCAGUCACCAGUGUGGAGGGGCCAUCCUCAACCCCACUUGGAUUCUGACUGCAGCCCACUGUGUGCUAUCGAAAAAUAAUCCACUCUUCUGGACCAUUGUUGCUGGGGACCAUGACAGAGCCCUGCAGGAACCAAUUGAGCAGAUACAGGUGAGAAGGACAAAACACAUCGUAGGGCAUGGAGACUUCGAUAGACGGAGCUAUGACUCCGACAUCGCCCUGAUAGAGCUGAGCUCUCCUUGGGAGUUGAACUCCGUCGUGAGGCCAGCGUGUCUCCCAGAAAGCACAGAGCCACUCUUUUCCUCGGAGAUCUGUGCUGUGACUGGAUGGGGAAGCAUUAAUGAAGAUGGCGGCCUAGCAAGGCACUUACAGCUGCUUCAGGUGCCCGUGUCAGAGCGAGUCUGCGAACAUACUUACUCCUCUCAUCCAGGAGGGCUCACAGAGAAGAUGAUGUGUGCUGGCUUUGCAGCCUCUGGAGGGAAAGACUUCUGUCGGGGAGAAUCUUGUGGCCCAUUAGUAUGUAGACAUGUCCUAUAUGGCAUUGCCACCUGGGGAGCUUCCUGUGCCCAGCCAAGGAAGCCAGGUGUGUUUGCCAGGGUGAGUGUCUUCUUGGACUGGAUCCAAUUCAAAAUGAAAGGCCCUGCUUCACUUCAGAUAAAUAAUGAAAGCAAAACCUUACUAAGACAACAGUUGCCACCACCCACACCUUCAACAGACAAUGUGUCUGGACCAGGUGAAUUACAUGGAAGAGGGCUUUACCCAAUGAUUUUCAUGAGCUCCGGACCACUGGUGAGAGUGGUGUUUCAUUCCCUUGUGCAAGGUGCAUUGGGCAUAAGCUAUAUUGUCUUUAGAGUCCAAGGUCCAAAGGGCAGUAAAACUACCAAAUUUCUCCGGAGUUCAAACCAAGAACACCCGGGCACUUGGGACGAUGUUCUUCUGACUAAACCAGGAGGAAUCCUACAGAUCCCAAGACACUCUCACAGAACCACCAUGAGUUGCCACGGGAAGUUAUCAGCCCCUUUACAUCACAUCAUUCGCCUUGAUAUUAUCAACUUCCAGAUGAAGCUGACACCCUUGGACUGUCAGGGUCACAUAUGGGUUUAUGAAGGAUUUGGAUCAGGCAAAAAAUUAAUAGAUUCCAUGAGAGGAAAACAUAAAGUUAAUGAUAAAGGAUGUCCAUUAUUGGAUUUGAUUCCAGUUAGUUCUACUGAGAUCACAUCUCCCAAUUAUCCUAACGUUUAUCCCAACAUGCUGAACUGCACUUGGACUUUUUAUUCCAAGUCAGGAAAUAAAAUGAAGGCAGUGAUUAAAGACUUUACGACAGAAGAAUCUUGGAACUGUGAAUGGGAUUAUUUCAGUAUUUAUGAUGGACCAGAUCAGCAAUCAAGAUUACGUGGCAUUUAUCGUGACCUGACAGAGUGUAUAUUUGUCUAUCAUCUGUCUCCCUCCACCAGGAUGAAAAUUUCCCGAGAGUAG